GUUAAUAAGCGAAACUGCUUCAAUCGCACACAUACACAGUGGUGUGAGAAGCAAAAUCUAGCAGCCAUAGCUAUGGUGGCUCCGCUUAUACUUCGUUCAACCCUAGUUUUUCCGAUUGCUAUCCUCCUUUGCCUGAUCUAUGGAUCAUCUUCUAUCUUUUCUCAGGAGCUUCAGAUCGUCAACGCGGAGCGCAGGGUUGACUUGACUACGCACAUCGUUAGAGUUUACUUGACUUUGAAGGUUGAAAAUAUUCGGACCAGUCCUGCUUCCGAAAUUAUUCUUGCUUUUCCACCUCAGCAAGUUGAUCAUGUAGCCUCCAUCAAAGCAGUAAUACCCGUUGGAAAGAAGAAGAAAAAAUCUUAUCUUCCACUUGAUGUGAAGCCAACUGAAGCUCCUGAUGCACCAAAUGGAACUAAAUAUUUUUCUAUUUCACUGAUCAAACCAUUGAGUUCGGGUGAAUCUGUCACAGUAGAAGUUCUUUACAUACUAACACACUCUUUAGAGCCUUUCCCUGUUGAAAUCAGUCAGGCAGAGUCUCAAUUGGUGUAUUACCAUGACAGUGCAUUAAUAUUAUCACCAUAUCAUAUUAAGGAGCAGACAACAUUUUUAAAGACACCAAGCAAACGUGUGGAAUCUUUCACUAGAUUGGAACCCACUGAUCGCGCGAGUAAUGAAAUUAAAUAUGGACCUUAUAACGACCGUCCUGCACAUUCGUACUCUCCAGUUAUUGUCCAUUUUGAAAAUAACAGCCCAUUUGCUGUUGUUGAGGAGCUUGUACGUGAAGUAGAAAUAUCACAUUGGGGAAGCCUUCAGAUCACAGAACACUACACACUGAGGCAUGAUGGGGCUAGGCACAAAGGGGUCUUUUCAAGACUGGAGUAUCAGUCCAAGCAAUCUCCUAGUGGUUCAUUCAAGCGUCUUCUGGCUAGACUACCUCCAAGGGUUCACUCUGUGUACUACCGGGAUGGAAUAGGCAACAUUUCCUCCUCACAUUUACGUAGGGAUUCUAGGAAGUCGGAGAUGGAAAUAGAACCAAGGUAUCCUCUAUUUGGGGGUUGGAAGGCAACUUUUGUUAUCGGCUACGGACUUCCAUUAGAAGAUUUUCUCUUUGAGUCACCUGAUGGUAGGCGUUACCUCAACUUCACCUUCGGAUGUCCACUUGUAGAGACAGUGGUGGACAAACUUACCCUUAAAGUGGCAUUGCCUGAAGGCUCAAGAAACCCUUCCGCAUUGGUUCCUUUCGAUGUAGAAGAUCACUUGGAGACAAGUUAUUCAUACCUUGAUGUGAUUGGAAGAACAGUGGUGGUUUUGGAAAAGAAAAAUGUGGUUCCUGAACAUAACACCCAUUUCCAGGUUUACUAUGAAUUCAAUCGGGCAUUCAUGCUGGCAGAGCCUCUAAUGCUAGUAUCGGUAUUCUUCUUCUUCUUUGCGGCUACUGUGACUUACUUGCAUAUGGACUUUUCCAUACACAAAGUGAAGGAGAAUUAGGAUAUGUUGUGGAUUAAGAUCAUGGGAAAGUAUUUGAUCUGAUUCUCUCUUUUCAUUGCACUGACUUGGUUUUCCAUGGCUGAUCAACUUGUUGAGUUCUUAUUCUUCUUCUUCCCUUAUUAGAGAAUAAUGGGGAUUUAGCACAUCAUUAGAAUUUUUGUUAUAAUAUUUUAUAUUAUAGAGAGAAUCAAGUUGGGAUAGAUCUUUUCAUAUUUUGCCUCUUUUGGACAAUUUGCUAUGAUUUAUUGCUAGUUCAAAAGCAAGCUUAGGGUUCUAGUUUUUACUAUGGAGACACAUUAUCUAUAUAUUAUUGACAAUCAGUCGUCUUAAAUGAAUUUGUUUUCUUUA